AUGUCCUUUGGAUUGACUAAUGCUCUAGCGGCUUUUAUGGAUUUAAUGAACCAUAUAUUCAAGGAGUACAUUGACCAGUUUGUUAUCAUACUUAUUGAAGAUAUCCUGGUUUAUUCUAAGAGCCCGGAGGAGCAUGCAAAGCACCUAGAAGUGGUCUUAGAAAUUUUAAGGGAGAAGAAACUGUAUGCCAAACUAACUGUGAGUUUGGCUGCAAAAGAUUUCUAUCCUUGGCCACAUAGAGGCGAAGAUGGGAUUUUUGUGGAUCCUUUAAGGGUUGAGAUUAAAGCUGCUCAGAGUGAAGAUGUCAACCUCCAGAAGAUGAAGAUAGAGGUUUCAGAAGGGAAGCAGCUCACCUUUAUGGUUUUUGAAGAUGGGUCCCUACGGUUUAAAAGGAGACUAUGUGUACCAGCAGAGAAAGAAUUACUGGAUCUACUACCGAGGGAGAUGCACGGGUCUUUACACACAAUGCAUCCGAGUAGCACCAAGAUGUAUCGAGACCUGAGACAACACUACUGGUGGAGCGGGAUGGAGAGGGAUGUAGCUAAUUUUGUAGCUCAAUUUCUGACGUGCCUAAUGGUUAAGGCUGAGCAUCAAAGGCCUUCAAAAACACUACAACUAGUGCCGAUCCCAAUUGGCGAGAUUAGCAUGGACUUCGUGGUAGGAUUUCCUACAGCGCCGGGCAGAUAA